UCAAAAUUGGACUCACAAGCCUGCCACGGUCUACGAGUCGCCUCCAAUUCAACUGCUGUAACCCUAGCUCCGUCCCUGUCCUUAAAACCCUAGCUCGCCCUAAACCGUGGCGCCCGCCGCCGCCCCCCAUCCUGGGCUGGCGUUGGUCUUCCGAAGCGGCGGAGGCUCAGGAGUGCCCUCGAUCUAGGUUGAUAUAAACAGCAAGAGGGCAUCACAUUGUACCAGAAAGCGCCAAAGAAGGACCGAUUGCAACACAAGUGAUGGGAUGUAAUAGUCGAGAAAAUAAGGCUGCGCCGGAGCAAAAACUAACUACUUUAUCCGGUAAAAAGAAGUGCUUUGCUUGUAAAGAGACAUCACACAAUUUGGAUCAAUGCAGGAUAAAAGACAAACUGGGUACUGCGGCUCAGCUAUUUGGACAUUCUACAAGGUUUCCAUUCUACAUGAUUCAGCCUUCAAAGGAAGUUGUCGAAAAUGAAAAGUUCUACCAUCACUGCCUGCUGAUCACAUCUAAUGCCUGUAACUUGGACCCGGCAGCAGUGAAAAUUGAACUAAAUAAGUUCUGGAAGCUGACUGAUGGCUGGUAUAUAAAGAGAGAAGGUAGACAGAAUUUCGUGGCAUCCUUCAACUCAGAGGAUGACCUACUAAGCUGUUUAAAUCCUCCCAAUGUAGAAACAUUUCUAGAUGAAAAGGAGGUGAAUUUUACUGUAGCAAGGUGGGAUGAAGGUGAUGGGGAGAAACUUGACUUGAUCAGAGAGUGGCUUUUGGUCUAUGGGGUCCCAGGUGCAUAUAGAAACUGGAAGGAGCUAUAUCAAGUUGCAUCUGCAGUUGGAGUUUUGCUUGAGGUGGAUGAGGAAAGUUUGGAAAGCGGAGAUAAGGAGCCUAUUAGGUUGAGGAUAGCGUUGGGAAGUCUUGUUGGUGCUCCUUUCUCUUACCACUUUGUGUUUGGAUGGUCAUCUAGACCAGUCAAGUUCAUGAUUGAAGACAAAGCAAGAAGGAUAGAAGGGCAAUGGAAAGAAGUAGAAGAACGGAAGGUCAGCGUCAUGAAGGAAUAUGCAGAUAUAAGAGAAGGUAUUGAGGUACCUCCAGAAACAUUGAAUAAAGGGAUGGAUUUAGAGGGCACUGGAAUAGUUUUCGCAGGCAAUUAUUCUUUGGAUUUUGGAAGUUGCUCAUGCAAGGAAUGUAAAGAAGAACUGAAAACCACAGAACGAAAUGGUAACAUCAUGAAGGAAUAUGCAGAUAUAAGAGAAGAAGGUAUUGAGGUACCUGCAGAAACACUGAAUGAAGGAAUGUAUUUAGAGGGCACUGGAGUAGAUUUCACAGGCAGUUAUUCUUUGGAUUUCAGAAGUUGCUCAGGCAAGGAAUGUAAAGAAGAACUGAAAACCACAGAAGGGAAUGGUAGCGUCAUGAUGGAAUAUGCAGAUAUAAGAGAAGAAGGUAUUGAGGUACCUGCAGAAACACUGAAUGAAGGAAUGGAUUUAAAGGGCACUGGAGUAGUUUUCGCAGGCAAUUAUUCUUUGGAUUUCGGAAGUUGCCCAGGCAAGGAAUGUAAAGAAGAACUGAAAACCACAGAACGGAAUGGUAGUGUCAUGAAGGAAUAUGCAGAUAUAAGAGAAGAAGGUAUUGAGGUACCUCUAGAAACACUCAAUAAAGGAAUGGAUUUAGAGGGCACUGGAGUAGAUUCCGCAGGCAAUUAUUCUUUGGAUUUUGGAAGUUGCUUAGGCAAGGAAUGUAAAGAAGAACCGAAGACUACAGAAACAGUUACAUUGCUGGAAGUGGCAAAGUUCAUUCCAGAGUUAAGAGCUGAUGAAGAGAUCGAGGAAAACAGCGGAAGUGCUAUGGCAGCCACCACAACAAACUCAAAGAAAGCAGCAGAAGGGGGGCAAUCCCCAAGUGAAAGCUCGGCAAGAGGUGAUCAUAUGUCGGGUUUGGAAGAUUGUUCUGACAAGAAACAUCAAAAGAAACUGAUGACCUGCGACAUGGCUACAUUUCUGCAAGUCUCGAAGUUCACUGAAGAGUUUAAAACUGAUGGAGAGAUCAAAGAAAACAAUGCAAGUGCUAUAGUGGGCACCAGAACGAACUCCGAGGGAGCUACAGUAGACAUUCCAAAAGCUACAGAAGACAUGGCUACAUUGCUGCAAGCAUCGAAGUUCACUGAAGAGUUAAGAACUGAUAGAGAGAUCAAAGAAAACAAUGCAAGUGCUAUACUGGGCACCAGAACGAACUACGAGAGAGCUACAGAAGACAUUCCAAAAGCUACAGAAGACAUGGCUACAUUGCUGCAAGUGUCGAAGUUCACUGAAGAGUUAAGAACUAAUGGAGAGAUCAAAGAAAACAAUGCAAGUGCUAUAGUGGAUACCAGAACGAACUCGGAGAGAGCUACAGAAGACGUUCCAAAAACUGAAGGUGGGCAAUCCAUAAGUGGAAGUUCAACUUCAACAAGCUUGAUUGAAGAGGUCUUCAGAGGUCACAAGCCAUCUAUAAAAAAUGUGUACAGAAGAAGAGAUCGGAAGCAAAAAAAAUCGACAGAAGGUUCCACUUUGUGUGCUAACAUCAGUUCUGACAGUGCCCAUGAAGGUUUACAGAAGCCACCUAUAAAAAAUAUGUACGAGGGAAGUGAUCCCAAGCAAAAAGGAUCCACAGGGGGGCAAGUUGCUUCAAAGGAACUGAACAAAGGAAUGAACCCAGGGAGCAGCAGUCACGCCACAAGGAUUGCAACCUCAACAUGCAAUAUGAUGGACUCAGAAAGUUUAUUGGAAAAGGAACACGAGAAAGAAAUGAAAAUGGCAGAAACAGCAGCAAAGACUGUGGGAGCUGAAGGAGCACAAUCUAUCAAGGGAAGUUCAGUAUGCAUGCUUAGAGUAACUCAGACAAAAGAAGGAGCUUGGUUUGAUGGAAAGCAGCCUGUUUCUAAGAUGACUACGCGGCUAACUCAAUUUUACGAGGAGUUCAACACAUACAAUGAAAUCUAUGACAGUUUUGUUGAGAUGGGUCUUCAAGAAAAUCUGCUGAAAGGAAUAUAUGCAUAUGGCCUGGAGAAGCCUUCUUUAGUCCAUCAACGAGGAAUUGUCCCAUUGUGCAAGGGUCUGGAUGUUAUCCAGCAGUCACUGUCUGGAACAACUGUGACACUUGCCUGUGGAGUUCUCCAGCGACUCGAUUAUGGAUCCACUGAAUGCCAAGCUUUGGUUCUUGUACCAACGCGUGACUUGGCACAGGAGACCGAGAAAGUUAUUGGAGCACUUGGUCAGUGGCUAGGUGUCAAAGCUCAUGCUUGUCUUGGAGGGACUAGUGUUCGUGAGCACAAGCAAAUUUUGUCCAGCAGCACCCAGGUUAUUGUCGCUACUCCUAGCCGCGCUCUGGACAUUCUGAGAACACGAGUGCUCUGUCCAGAUAACGUCAGAAUGUUUGUCUUGGAUGAAGCAGAUGAAAUACUCGCAGGAGGUUUGAAGAACCAGAUCUAUGAUAUUAUCCAGCUUCUCCCAGCCAAAAUCCAGUUUGCUGUAUUCUCUACCACCAUGUCCAAUGAAGCUCUCGAACUUUGCCGGAAGUGCAUGAAUAAGCCUAUGAAGGUCAUAGUGCCGAAAGAUGAAGAAUUGGAGGGUUUUAGUGUUAAGCAGUUCCAUGUUAAAGCUGAGGACGAAGAGUUGAAGUUUGAGAAAUUAUGUGAUCUUUUUGACACCAUGGCGGUCACGCAAAACGUCAUCUUUGUCAACGCACGUCGGAAGGUUGAGUCACUGGCCGAAAAGAUCAGUGGCAGGGGGUACACCGUCUCGGCAAGCCAUGGUGGUAUGGACCAGCACGCCAGAGAUGUUGCCGUCCAGGAUCUCCGGUCAGGAUCAUCCCGUGUCCUCGUCACCACCGACCUUCGUGGCGCCGACGCAUUGCAGGUCCCUGUUGUCAUCAACUAUGAUCUGCCAACACAACCAGUACAAUACCUUCGUCAUGUUCGACGAAGUGGACAGCCUGGAGGGAUUGGUGUCGCAAUCAGCUUCGUUGCUCGUGCUGAUGAGCGUGUCCUGUCUGACAUCCAAAGGUUCUGCAAUACUCAGUUGGCAGAGUUACCCUCUGACGUCGCUGACCUCCUGUGAGCAAUUCCGUAGUUGGAUAUGGUGCACAGAUGGCUAUCUAGACUAAUUUUUUUUUUCUAUCGUUGGCCUGGAGAGCUGCGCGACAGCUCCAUUCUGUUGAAUUGUGGGAAUCGUCUUGUGGGAUUGAAACUUUUCGAGUUCUCCGGUAUUAUGUCAUGGUGGUUUGAAACUGAAUUGAAUGUGGUGCAACUGUCAUGGUGGUUUGAAACUGAAUUGAAUGUGGUGCAAA